AUGCGCUAUCAGUCCCUUGUGAUAGCUCUGAGCCUGGGGCCAGGAGCUCUAACUCUCCAACAAUUUCCUGUCAGUACUGCUGGAGAAGCUGGCGUUCGACCUUUGGAUGUCACCAACUUGAACAGCGACAAACCAUUUUCACAUGGCUUCGAUUCCAAGAUUGAGCAAUGGAGGUUUGAUGAAGGUCCUUACGAGAACGCAACAGGGAACUUGAUCUUCGAUACUGUCCAUUCACUCUUACAACACUGGCCAAAUACUCGAUAUCGUAAUGGACAUAACAUAGUGCCGGGAUUAAUUCCGACUGACUGGAUCGCUACAGACCCAGAGCAUUCCAUUGUUUUCGCUCGUGGAUAUGGAACUGGCUGGCACCUCACAAUGGCAGCAACGCGACCUCUCAAAGUCUUGUACUUUGAUGGAAGUAGUGCUGCUAAGGUAUCCGAGGGUACAAUGGAUACACAGGAUAUAAUAGCCUGGGGAGAAGUACAACCCGAGCGCGUCCUCGAUGAAAAAUCACGGAUUAAAGAUCUCUGUAGAUGGGGAAAAGAAUUCGGAGUCGACGGUUUCGUGAGGAUGGAAAUGGACUUUGAAAUUAUGUUGUGUGAUUUUACGGCCGGUGUCGAAGUAGUGUCUUUCCUGCACAUCCGAGUCUUAACGAAAGACAAAAAACCGAACCCUUACCGCAGUCCUGACCCUCCCCCACUCGACCCUGAUGCCUUGAUUCGCACAUUUGAAGUCAUGCACUCUGGCUCAUGGCACAAUCACUACCCAGGGGAUUCUCGCAUUGUGCUCGACCUGACUGGUCUCGUCUCACUGUAUGAUAUUUCACUGGCACCUUCCCUUGUUUCAGUUCACGCGGGUCUUGAACGGUGGGACCACCGCGUGCUGGGAAUCUCGUCGGAGGACAUAUCGCAGUCAAUCAGCUCGAGCAGCGGUAUCGACUGGAAGACCCUUACCCACGUCAUCGUUGAUCGAUAUGCGAAUCGGCUCGAGUUGACGCAACACCUCCUCAAUUUUACCUCAUCAGAUUCGCAAGAAAUCCUUCAGCGAGCAGAGCUCGUGCAGACCCAGCUCCGCAUUAUGCUUACACCAUAUCUAUUAGAUGCUACCGUCCCCAGCACAGAUACUCCAGGCCUACAUCCGUCACAGUGGGCAUUCCCAAUUUUCAGGCUGUGUGCCACAACACACACUACCGUGAUGAUAAACCAAAUACCCUUAAUGACGCCUUCGGAGCGUCUGUUGCGCAAAGCCAUCGAGGACACAACGAGAGAAAUCUGUCGUGUCACUACGAACAUGUGGGCUGUUGGUGUCAUGAGCGGACUCGACAUCCUUUUUCCUAUAAAACUUAAUAGGGAGCCUAAUGUCGCUCAAAUAAUGAAUGAUUGGAAAGAAGACAUCCAGAAGCUGAUGUCUUGGUUAGACUGGAGUAUAUGGAUUAAAUGCCGACCUGCCUGCGGUCCAGAGGAAAUGUGCUAUCUUCCUACUUGGCCCAUGAAUGCGCCAGGGCGUCCACGUCAACCUCCGCGGAACACCACGGAUGCACCAGCAGAAGCAGAUGAUCUUGCUGGCCGAGUCGGGUAUCCACCCGAAGGUUCAGCAAUCGCAGAUGCGUUUUCCUCCUUUGAGACGCUUCCGGAGGAAUGGAGGAAGCCCCAACCGAAGUGCAUCAGGCGCCUCCCACCGUAUGAAUUUUGA